GAUUAACACAUACAUAACUUUUUAUCUAAAUUUUAUUGUUUCAUUCAUACACAUCUCUUCUUCCUUCAUGACCACCUUAAUCUUUGCUGUUGGAAUUAUUGGAACUGUGUUAUCCCUUCUGGUUUUUGCCUCUCCCAUAACGACGUUUCGUGAAGUGGUGAAGAAAAAAUCUACAGAGAAUUACAAAGUAGCUCCAUAUAUAGCAACGUUCCUGUGUACAAGUUUAUGGAGUUUCUAUGGAGGUCUAAAGCCCGGUGGUUUUCUUGUGGCAGCGGUCAAUGGUGCCGGUGCCCUCUUUCAUUGCGUCUACAUACUUCUCUUCCUCCUAUAUUCGCCUCAACAUACCAAGGUAAAAACGGCGCAAUAUGUGGGUGUAGUGGACGUGGGUUUUCUGGCGGCAGUAAUUUCAGUAACUGUUUUGGGUCUCGAUGGAACCAUCCAACUAACAGUUCUAGGAAUGUUAUGUUCUGGUUUAACUGUAGUCAUGUAUGCUUCCCCGCUAUUAGCCUUGAAAACGGUGAUCAAGACAAAAAGCGUGGAAUACAUGCCGUUUCUGCUCUCACUUUUCAUGUUUCUAAAUGCUGGCGCGUGGGCACUCUACUCUCUCCUCGUCAGAGAUUUCUAUAUUGGAAUACCGAAUUUUGUUGGGCUGAUAUUGGGCUUAGCCCAGAUCACAGUUUACUUAAGGUACAAAGAAAAAGUGAGAGCGGCUUCAGAAAAGGGGAACAUGGUGAGUGCGAUGGAAAUGGGAGCAUACGGUUACGAGUGCGAAGAAAAACCAAGCAAGACGAAUACGAAUGGUUAUGAUGGUGGAGCUAUAAAAGUGGCAGAGAAAACUCUUAAAAAGGCGAAUAGUCUCCCAAAGCCAACACUGAACCGCGAACAAACCAUUGAAAGGGUCCUCCAAAAAGCACUUUCUUUUGGGGAAUACAAUGAUGAUCAUCAUCACGACGAUGUUUACUCCAUUAUUCAACUUAUAAACUUCAGACCUCGUACUGUUGCUUAAUCGACACUUGAACAAAAAAUGGUUGCUGUUUUUAUUUUAUUUUAUUCUAUUUUUACCUGGAACUAUAUAUGUGUUGGACUAAUCUAAAAUUAUGUAUGCCUCAAGAAA